GCCUCGCCCUGCGGGCUGCCGCCAGCAUCUAAGAAAGUCCGCAGUGAAGCUAGGCGAAUUGCGUACGAGGAGGCACAAGCUAUGUCGUCGCGCCAUAAGCAAGUCUCUUCCACGUCGAAAGUACAGUAAGCGGAAACCACGUUGGAAGAAUCGGAUGUGGUUGCUCUCCGGAUGCGGUAGUGUCAACAAACUCCGUACGGCAGAAUAUCGGUGUGCGUGGCGUCCACGGAGCGAGACUUAAGUGAGACUUAUACGAACACGGGCCAUAUGGCGCCACUGAACAAUAAAAGAUGCCACACAUAAGCACCCAAGAGCGCGCAGAGUCGCAGAUUUGGUUGCAACUUCAGGCCGACUCCAAGAGAAAUCACAAUGCGCGUCUCAAGUCUUCUUCCAUUCGCCAGCACGGCGCUCUGCGCAGCAGUAUGGGAGACCCUUCCGCCAACUCCAGCUCUUCCGGCUCCAAUUAGCGAAGCUAGGACAGCAAUCAACGGGGUCCAGCUCUGGUCGCAGAAGUACAAUGAAGCUGCUGGCGGGAUCCCGAUCGUCUUUAUCGCAGGUGGUCUAGGCUACUCCGCGUACUUCGGCGAUGUAAUCUCCAGAGUGUCGAAGAAGCACUAUGUCAUCGCAGUCGACCGUCGUGGCCAUGGACGUUCCACCUAUUUGCCAACAGACUUCACUGGCUUCGAGCAAUUCGCCAAAGACACCGUCGAUCUCCUCCGUACUCAAGGCGUUGAGAAGGCAUACUGGCUCGGCUGGAGCGACGGCGCCAUCACGACCUUCGCAGGACUUCUGGAUCCUGCUAUCAACCCUACCAUUGAGAAGGCAUUCGCUUUCGCGGGCUCGCAGAAACCUUCUGAUACAAAUGCCACAUUCGGCGAUACACAGAUUUUCUCGGAAUUUGUUGCCCGCUGCGGAACGGAGUAUGCUCAACUUCAACCAACAGCAAACUUCACGGAUUUCGCGUUGAAGGUUCAGACGUUGGAAGGCACGCAGCCUAACUGGUCGGAUGCGAAGUUAGCGACUAUCGAUGGCAAGAAGGUGACUAUCGCGGAGGCGCAAUAUGAUGAGGCGGUGAACAGUGGUGUGCCUUUCCAUCAGCAUCAAGUGAUCAAGGGGAGUGGAUAUGUGAAGUUCACGGAUGUGAGCCAUUUUGCGCCGCUGCAGGACCCGGACCAGUUCGCCAAAGCUGUUUUCGACUGGGUUGGCUAAUUGUCCAAGUUUCCGGCGACAGAGCAGACGUCAGGAUAGGAGGCGGUGGCUCCAUGGGACUGGAGUCGAGCAGUCGAUCUUUGGAAAAAGCGCUGUAGCAGGGGUUGCUGACGAGAAAAAGCAUCUUGCAUGAUACUGUACUCCAGUAUGAUCCUUCAUCAGCUUCGAAGCAGAAUAGUGAGGGCCAUGUCUUCAUGCCCCUUGCCCAAACAGUUCCCCAUCCGUUUCUCCAAAGAUCCGCGUUCUCGCCGUUCUACCCGCAGCCUGCAGCGGCUGGACAACUCAUGUACCCCAGGGUAUACUGGCUACGGAUUGAACGCCGUCGAUGUGCUGUCAACUGACAAGAUUUGUGCAUACAUUUCUUCUGACUUGGAGCAUUGCCGCACUUCACUCCUGGAUGUUGGCCCCACCGCG